GAUGGAUUGAAUUGUUGAAAUUUUAAGUCAUAUGUGGGUUGGCAUGAUUGCUUAGUUAAAUAUAAAAAUUUGGAAACAGACAUUUAAUAAUUAAUUGCAUUAUUGUAAAUAAAGUGUAAAAAAAUACGUAAAAAGACAUUCUCUAGUCGAUCUUCCAUAUGUGAAAAUAAAUGCUUAUAGUUUCUUCGCAUGAAAAUGUCGUCAAAUGAAGGCAGUGUCAGUGAUCUAGCCAAACUUUUGAACUUAGACAACCAGGAGAUACUCCAACACCUGAAAGACAGUUUCUAUAAAGGCCGAAUAUAUACGUACAUUGGAGAUGUUUUAAUUGUAGUCAAUCCUUAUGAAAAAAUCCAAAAUUUAUAUAAUGCUGAGCAACAUGUUUAUUAUCAACAAGCAGCCCGAGAUCCGCCACAUAUUUUCUGGACAGCAGAGCAAUCAUACAGACGUCUAAAGGUCGAACAGAGAAAUCAAUGCAUCGUUGUGACUGGUGACUCGGGAGCAGGAAAAACUGAAAGUACUAAACAUAUAUUGCAACAUCUUACCAAAAGAUCUCCAUGUGAAAUCACCAGAUUAGUCGAGAAGCUUAAUCAUGUCAAUCCUUUAAUAGAACUUUUUGGAAAUGCUAGAACACUACUAAACAACAAUUCUAGCCGGUUUGGGAAACUAAUAGAACUGUCAUAUAAUGAAGACGACAAAUUAAUUGGAGGUAAACUGAGAACAUUUGUGUUAGAGAAAUCCCGAGUAGUUCACCAUAAAGCUCAGGAGAAAAAUUUCCACAUAUUUCAUGCCUUGUUCAGUGGAAAUUAUGAACAUGACUUACAAGAAAAAUAUUCAUUGGAAAGACCAAAUGAAUACAGAAUUAUGCGUGAAGAUGAAGAGAUGCUACAUUUACACACUGGUAUAUUUGGGAGUCAAGAAGAAAAACAGAAAUAUGGAAAUAGUUACUCUCAAGGCUGUAAAAUCUUAAAAGAAAUCGAAUUUACGGAAACGGAAAUAUCUGAAAUCCUGAGUAUUCUAGCAGCUUGCUUACACCUUGGUAAUAUUGAGUUUGAUGAUGUUGGGGAUGAAACGGAUGGUGUUGCAAUUCGGGAUGAUGACUCCUUGCGAUACGCAAUCAAGUUACUAGGAAUAGAAGAUGACAACUGCGAUGAUAUCAAUGAAGUUUUUAUAAGUCGACCUAUAUGUGUUCAAGGUCAGACUACUCGGAAACCGUUGAACCAGAUUCAAGCUGCUGAUGUGAGAGAUUCUAUUGUAAAAGCAUUGUAUUCAGGAGUUUUUAAAGCUAUUAUUGAUCAAAUAAACAAGAGUAUCGAAGGCAGUACGUCUUCAACUAAGACAAGUCAAAAAGUCAUUGGAAUCCUCGAUAUCAGCGGAUUUGAGAGUGUUUCAGAAAACAGCUUGGAACAGUUGUUAAUUAAUAUCACCAAUGAAAGAAUACAUCAAUAUCACCAACAACAGAUAUUUGAAAUAGAAAACAAAGAGUAUAACAACGAAGGGAUACAGCUGCCAGCGAACACUUUCAAUGAUAACACAUCAGUUCUUGAACUUAUAUUUGGUAAACCAGGAGUACUGUCUCUUUUGGAUGACCAAAUUAAAGUUUCCAAUUCUGAUGGGUCUUCGCUCGUGGCACAAUAUGAUACACAAUUUAGAGACAAAUAUGCUGUUUACCAGUCGACUGGACAUAAUAUGUCAUUCUACAUUGUUCAUUAUGCUGGACAGGUGAAAUAUAGCACUAGAGAAUUUCUAGAGAAGAAUAGAGGAACUGUUCCAGAAAGGAUAAAGGAAAUUUUUACAGAAAGUAGUGAUUACUAUAUUGUCAGUGAAUAUUUUGACGCACAAGACUCGUUUUUGACUCACCGGGGUUCCUCCAGAGAAAUUAUGUCAAAGAGACAGGCCAGAGAAAUUGGCGAAAGAUACAAUAAAACUGUGAAAAAAUCUGACGAUAGACAGCAGUCAAGAUCAACAAACAGUGCAGCCUCCCAAUACAGGACAUCAUUGGCUUGCCUCGUUGACAUCUUAGCCGAUUCUAGGCCACUUUUUGUCAGAUGUAUCAAAUCAAAUGACAAUCAACAGCCUAAUUAUUUCGAUGAAAAGGUUGUAUUAAAUCAGCUGCAAAGUGCCGGUAUAGACGAUGUUACCAGAAUAAGAAGAGAUGGAUUUCAAAGUAGGAUGCAGUUUGACAAAUUCCUGAAAAUGUGUCAAGUUUUUCGAGAUUGUGCCAUAAUACCAGAAGGUACAAACAAGAAACAAACAAUAGAAAAUAUAUUACAGGCUUGUAAACUGGACAAAGACUCUUAUAAAAUAGGUCGAACAAAGGUGUUUAUGAAAGGACACGUCGUAGAAAAACUUAUCAAGGAAAAGACGGAACUGAUACAGAAAAGAGAGGAGCAAACAAUAAAACAAGAAAGAGAAAAAAGAGAAAGGGAACAAACAAGACAAAGGGAAAUAGAGCAAACACAUAAAGAUCCGAUUGGCACACCAAAUUCACGAAACAACACGACACUUUACACAAGAACUGAUGAUAUUCCAAUGCAGCACAUUCCUAGUACAACGAUUCAAGAUGAUACACCAGAAACACAGUCUGUGAAUAGUUUUCCUCCAACAUAUAUUGAUGUAGAAAAUCAAAACAAAAGAAACGAAAAUAAGAGAUGGGCAUGGGAUGCAUUUAGAAAUACUGAAAGAGAUUUCGAAGGCUGUGUAGAAGUGGAAGAAUGUUUCUUAAAGUUCUGUCGCUUUUUGAUGUGUUUUGGAUUGUUAGUUGGAAUUGCAGCAAAAGGUGUUGCUACCAUUAUAAUCCCGCUGCUCCUGGCGUCACAGUUGAAAUCAGAAAAGGAGGAUGGCCAAAAGUCUAACGCUUUGACAGAACUGAUUCUUUGUUACUCAACUCCAAUUGCCUUAACCUUUAUACAGUCUAUGUUUAAAGUGUGUUUUGGGAGAGCAAAAAACAUUGGAUGGAAGUUCUUUUUACCAGUAUUAAUAUUAGAAAGUGCAGAGGCGUGUGGAACAGCCUACCUGUUGUUCAAAGUUUUUCGUAUCCAUUCUAUGACAUCAGGAAUUACUCUUGUCAUGUCAUCAUUUACGCUUCCGUCAAUUCUGAACAUUUUGAAACAAAUUGCAUUAGCAAGGAAUAGACAGAAAUUCGUAAUACGGCUGUCAAGUGUAAGCAUAGCUGUAUUAGCAAUGUUAAUUCAAUGUGGAGUCGUAGUUUGUGCGAUCGUUAGACCGAACAGAGUGUUUAGCGACACAAUUUCAAAUCAGAUCCAUUAUACUACACAAGAGAAAAUCUGUCUCGUAUCAAGUUUAGUCGGAAUUUCAAUGGGAUACUGCCAAAAUUUUCUGUCUUGUAACUUGAAAAUUGGAUCCUUCAACUUAAAAAUAAAAGACUGGAGAAUAGCAGUGGACAAAGCAAGACCAAAAAUAAAUUUGAAAAUGUGCAUUAUAAAAGUGGGUAUAUUUUUAUUGAUGGCUAAAUUGUUGGUGCCAGAUAUAGAGUGGACAUUUACAGAAGAUAUCGCAAAUUUAAAAGACACUUCUCUUGACAAGAUUAAUGAAAAUUUAAAUGACACUUUUCUUGACAAGAUAAAUGAAAAUUUAAAUAAUACUUUUCUUGACGAGAUUAAUGAAAAUUUAAAUGACACUGUUCUUGACAAGAUAAAUGAAAAUGUAAAAGACACUUUUCAUGGCACGAUAAAUGAAAAUUUAAAUGACACUUUUCUUGACAAGAUUUUAAACAUCUUUAAACACCAUAAGUUAAUGUUCAUAUAUAUUUACUGUGCCAUUUUCGCUUCCUAUGAAGGUGUACUUGCUUGCAAAUUACACAUGCAGCGGAUAUCAUUCUUUAUUCCAUUGGCGUUAGUGCCACUUGUGUGUUUUGGUGGAGUUAUAGGAUUCUGCUAUAAUUGGCCAGAGGACAAUAAUAUGUUUGGGUAUGCUGUUUCCUGUCCAAGUGUUGACAUUGAAAGUCUAUCUAUGUGGAUCGGAUCUAGUAUUGGAUUGUGGGUAUCUGUUCUAUUAUUGACAUGGCAUGUUCUAUUUCCACAGUGCCACAGAAUGGAACGAGAACAAAGGUUAUUCGUAUUACCAAUUAGAGAUAAUUUCUUCUCAUCUCUUGGAUUGCUGAUGAAAAGGAAAGAUGAUACUGUUGAACAGCAACUUCUCAAACAUGCAAAAUUCAAACCUGUCUUUAACAAAGGAAAUGCAUACGAAAAUGAAUUGUUUGUAAAUGGAAAAAGUAAGGAAAGUGAAGAGCGAAGGAAGAAAAAAAAGAAAGCCAGACCGUAUAUUUAUAUAUGUGGAACAAUGUGGCAUGAAACAAGACAGGAAAUGUUGCAACUCCUCAAAUCAUUAUUUAGGUUGGAUUUUCACCGGAGUAAAUAUAAGCUAGCAGAGCAAACGUUUAAAGUAGAUGUUGAUUACUUUGAACACGAAAUUCAUUUGAUUUUUGAUGACGCAUUUGAAACUGAUAAAAAAUCAAGACAAAGAUUACCAAAUGAAUGGGUAAAACAGCUGGUAGAAUGCAUGGAAGAGGCAUCAACAUCAGUCGCAAGGGGCCGUCUGCAAUGGGAUAAUAAGCCAAUAAAAACAACUACACCAUAUGGGGGACGAUUGAAUUGGACCAUGCCAGGGGGAACAGAAAUGACAAUUCAUUUGAAAGAUAAAGACAAAAUAAGACACAGAAAACGAUGGUCACAGAUCAUGUACAUGUACUACUUAUUGGGAUAUAAGAUGAUCGGCGCUAUUUUGGAAGAUGAAUUACUGGAGAAGGAUACAAAUAAAAGAUAUCACUACCGACGAAUAACAUCGUUACUGAAUCAAUUGCCCAAAGACAAAGUUAAAAGGGCUCAUAACAGUUUCAUUCUUGCUUUGGACGGAGAUGUAGAUUUCAAACCUGAGGCAGUACAAAAACUGAUAGACAAAAUGACCAAGAAUGAAAAAGUUGGCGCUGUAUGUGGUCGAAUACAUCCUAUUGGAUCAGGGCCUGUAGUAUGGUAUCAACAAUUUGAAUAUGCUGUCGGACAUUGGCUACAAAAGGCUACAGAACAUGUGUUUGGAUGUGUGCUGUGUUGUCCAGGAGCUUUUAGUUUAUUUCGGGCUUCUGCUGUAAUGGACGAUAAUGUGAUGAGAAUGUAUACAAGUCCUCCUACGGAGGCACGCCAUUUCAUCCAGUUUGAACAAGGUGAAGACAGAUGGUUAUGUACAUUGAUGCUACAACAGGGUUGGAAAAUAGAUUACGCUGCUAGUGCUGACGCCUUCACAUUUGCGCCACAAACCUUUCAAGAAUUUUUCGUGCAGAGGCGACGAUGGGCACCGUCAACUCUUGCAAAUAUUAUUGACUUGCUAUCAUCUUGGAGGGUAACAACGAAAGUGAAUGAUAAUAUCAGCACGUUGUUCGUUUUAUACCAAUUCGUAAUUCUUUCUUCAAGUUUACUUGGUAUCGGAACGGUUACGUUAAUGAUUACCGGAUCUUUCAAUGCUGUACUGAAAAUAAAUAUGUUCCAUUCAUACGUCGUCGCUGUAACACCAGUGGUUUUGUAUACCAUCAUAUGCAUGAAAUGUAGCAAUGACAAACAAAUUGCAGCAGCAGCGCUACUUUCAACAGUUUACACCUUAGUAAUGGUUAUCGUCACGGUAGGAUUAUUCGUAAAUCUCGCAACAGAAAAGUCGUACAGUCCAAAUGUAAUAUUUUUCGUAGAAAUACUAUCUAUUUUCAUAAUCGCAGGAUUUGCUCAUCCAAAGGAGUUAAUGUGUCUGGUUCAUGGUUUGCUGUAUUACCUUAUGGUUCCAUCCACUUUUAUUUUCCUAACCGUGUAUUACAUGUGUAAUAUUCAUGUUGUGACGUGGGGUACCCGUGAAAAGAAAACGGAAGACGAUGUUAUUGAGGAAACGGAGCCUGGAAACUCUACCAAAUCAUCACAGCCUCCAGUACUAAUUAGAUGUUUGCAGAAACUAGGCGUUUUGUCUUUAGUGAAAGAAGCAACAAGGCUUAUGAGGCAAAUAUUGGGAGCAAGAGUAGAGGAGCAAACCCAUGAUAAUGAAAUAGAAUCGGGUCCAUUACCGCCUGUGGGAGCGACACCUGUACCCCGUGCUGCAACAAGACGUCCAAAAGUAAGACAAGAGCCUGAUGCUUGGCAGUCGAUGGAAUACUUGGGACUAAAAGAAAAAGUAAAUAUUAAGGACAACGAAACUGAAUUUUGGCGUGAUAUCCUUGACAAGUAUCUAAAACCAAUUGUAGAAGACAAACAGAAAAAAGAGGAAAUUCAAAAAGAACUUAAAACUCUCAGAAACAAUGUCGCAUUUGGAUUCUUAUUGAUGAAUUUUCUGUUUGCAACGGCAGUAUUCCAACUUCAGAACAACGAGGAUCAGUUAAAGAAUUUCUACAUUUUAAACGAAUACGAACCUUUGUCGGUUACCUUCUUGGUAGUGUUUGCAUUAGUUAUAUUGUUGCAGUUUAUUGGAAUGCUUGUCCACAGGUGGGGCACUUUUUUACAUCUAAUAUCAAGUGUACGACUGUGGUCUUUUUCAAAAGCAACAGAAGAAGCGUGGGCUAAACAAGCCCUUAAGGAAACAGAAGCUUUGCAAUGUGCAGAUCGAGAAGUUGACUACGAGGAAACCGCUAGUAUAUCGGCUAUAUCCUAUGAUUCAAGGGUAAAUGGUAUUGACCGACCCAGUUCACCAGAAGAACAUAUGCCUGAUUAUCCAAGUGAUGAGGAACCGGAUCAGGAUUAUGCACAUUAUGACGAGCAGACAAGUAACGAAUACGAAAGAAUCUUUCGUCGAAGAUUUGAGACAAUAAGAAAAAACUUAGGUCCGUCUAGAAGAUUUAGCACUAGAAGUAUACAAACACACAACACAAAUAUAAACAGAACAAAUCUUUACCAAAGAACAUUUGGUCGGCAUGCAGGAGCUAGAAUAAAUCGUGCAUAUAACGUUUAAUAAGAAACGUAAAUUACAUGCUGUGAAUGAUUAAAACUUAUUUUUCCUGACAUCAAAAUAGUUAGAAUAGUUAAAAAGAAAUAAGAACAUAUUUUAAAUAUUCAUGUUAGUUCUAUAAGACCUCAGUGAGGUUCUAGGAAAGGCGUUUUUUUGCAAAUAAAAGAAAAGCAAUUAGAAAAAUUAAAAUAAGAGGAUUUAUUUCCUUAAUUCUUAACUUUGAAGAAACAAAAUUUGUCAGAAUUUUUUUCUCGUUAAUGUAGAACUCAAAUAUAUAUUUCUAUAAUGAAAAAUUCCAGAUCCAGAUUUUAAAUCUUAUAAUAAAUAGCACACUGAACAAACGAAAAAUAAAGAAAAUUAUAAAAUUGUUCUCUUUUAUCUGCUGUUUCAUAUGAUUUCAAAGGAAUCAUACAUAAAAAAAAAUUAUACAGGAUUAAUUUUAAAUAAUUUGAAAAAAUCUUAGGGAUGAAGUAAAUUACUUACUAUUAACAAUUAUGCUGUCAAUAAUGAACGAUUGAAUAAGCAUUGAGUACUUUCAUUUCACAAUCCAACACGUAAGUAACUUUUUAGUGUUUUUGAUAUACAUGUAUCAGCAAUUUUCAUGCUAUCAAAUUCAAGUUCAAUUACAAUAUCGUUUAUAUGGUAACAUAACUAUAAUUUAUUAUGCUAUUGUGUUUACAUCAUCUGAUUCUUCUUUGUUCUUGUUAUUAUUAAACUAAAUAGUUGUCUAU